AUGCACCUGUUAGCCGGUCGCUACAUUUUGGUGCAGCAGAUUGGUAAGGGGGGCUUUGGCGCUGUGGAGGAGUACACAGACGCCAUCACAAACGAUAAUGUCGCCAUCAAAACAAUUCCUAGCCGAUACGUGAAUCAAGAGAGCCGCCGACUCGUGCGAGAGAUCGACAUUAUGUCCUUCCUACACGAGGCUCACCCGCACGUCAUCGGGUACUUUAGCAUCUUCGCCACCAAAGCGGUCGCCAUACCCAACCACAACAACUCAAAUGGGUUUGAUGACCCGCUGAUGAGCGUCGCACAGACGGCAGAGAACACACCAUUCGAGUUAAACGUGCUGGGCGAUCAUUACGCAGGGCUGAACGAAGAUGAGAGGUUGCGCCUGCAUCACGAAGAGCUGAUGGGGUUCGUGACGAGGAUUAACAGGACGGACGAGUUCAAUGUACACAUUGUCAUGCCGCUCAUGAAGGGCGACCUCUUCUACUUUAUCCGGCUCCUCUCGUCGCAGUCGAGUGUGCAGCGGCUUGGUGUGACGCAUCAGUUUUUGGCUCAGGUGGCCGUCGUAUUCGCCUUUCAAAUAUGCUUUGGCCUCGACUACCUGCACCAGUGCUCCAUCAUUCAUCGCGACAUGAAGCCGGACAACGUGCUGGUGCGCCUUGACAUCACCAACCCGUACAUGUCCACAGCGCUGAUCGCAGACAUGGGUCUCGCACGCGAUGCUCAGCAAAGCGACACCAUCUACAUCUGCACUCGCUAUUACCGACCACCAGAGGUCAUCACCAGCGUGUCCGGCGGGUCGCCGCAGAUCGACAUCUGGUCUUUGGGCUGCAUUUUUUACGAAUUGUGCACUAGCCAUACGCUCUUCACCAUGCGCACGGCGCUGAACGAGCGCGGCGAGUGGGAUGGCGCCAAGGCGAGCCUGCAGUUGGAAGUCAUUCUCAACACCAUCGGCACCCCCUCUCCCGAGGACAUUGAGCGCUAUAUGCCUAGUGGGAACGCCAAGCUGUACUUGCAGCGCAGUGCCGCACGCCCAUCGCAGCUGCGCCAGCUGAUUGAGCACAAUUGGAUUCUGCACACGAGCGAUGACGAGAAAGAGAAGUGGAUCGACCUCAUCACUCGGUGCGUCGCCUUUUUCCCCGAGCAGCGCCCAACGGCCCAGCAGCUCUGCCAGCACCAGCUGUUCCGCAAAUACAACGUGUUUUACGGCACCAAUGUGAAGCAGUACACGCCAACGCCGUACACAUCAUCCUACAGCGGUUCUUCGGAGAGUUCCCGCGUGGAGAACAAGGCAGCCAUCCUGGUUCUUGUGCAGCGUGCCCUGCGCAAGACGAUGCCCCCGGUGAACGAGGAGAGCGGCGACGAGGAGCUCAGUUCGCUGAGCAGUGGCAGCAGCAGCAUCAGCAGUGGCGAGAGUGGGAGCGCAAGCGACAACGAGGCAGCCCACGUGACACGGCAAACGGCCAUUAACGACUGCUUGUCUGUCGCCGGCCACUGCUCGUCCUCGAUGCUAUGCGACAGCCGUCAGCAGCACGAUGAGAGUGGCCAAACCGAAGAGCUGGGCUCUACAACAGAGUCAUUCUCAGCCUUCGACUCAGCCAGGAUGAGUGGCGCAGCAACAGCACCGCCGCCAACGCGUCCGCCACAGCAGCAGCAGCGGUAUGCCUUGCCCCCCUUUGACAACAGUACCUUGAAGGACUACUGCAAAUCUUUGCUCAACGAUGAUGACGAGGGUGACAUUGGGUGCAAUAGCGAGCAGGUAUGUGACACCGACGACGAAGAGCGCCUCACGGGCUUUCAGCACCAGCGACCCAGCGCUUUCAUGCUGCACCUCAGUCCUGGCAGCAUCUUCCGGAACAGUCCUGCCUCACUGCCCGACGGCCCCACUGAGGCGGCGGCUGCGCGAGCGGAGCCGGAAAGGCGCUUUACCCAUUCCUUUAGCUCCGAGGAGAGCGGUCCAGUGGUGGAGGACACGCCGCCGCUGGAGCUGAGUCCCACAUUCCGUGACCGAAUCACGCGGCGUCGGUCGAGCACUGCCGACGAGGAGGAAGAUCCCAGGCUAGAGUCGCAGAUGCCGAGCGUGUUCGACUUGGACAGCUACCGCGUCGGUAAAUCACUCGACGCGGCGAUGAACGAAGAGCCACGCAUCUCUGAAAGCGUCUUGCCGCAGACAAUGGAGUCCAUGCCCGCUGAUGAAGUUGCACGACUGCUGUCGGCGUACAACAUCCCCUUGGAGGAGAGCAACUACCGCACUGGGCUAAGCCAUGUGCAGUCCGUGCCGCCCUCCGUCAUGACCAGCGGCCCGUAUAAUUUCAUUUCCUCGUGCCACGUUGGUGGCGGUGCGGGGGCGGCAAUGCCACCAACACAACAACCCUUCAACAAUGAGACCUUGCCGAACGAGGCGACUCGAAUACCAAGCAUGCACGUGUCGCGCGGUGGCAACGAGGGACACCUCCACGUUGACGCUAAAGUCGGCACUUGGGCAGCGGCACCGCCGGCGUCGACCGUCCCACCUGGCAACGGGGCAGCCAUGGAGAUGGAUCUCCACGAGCAGUAUGACUACUUUGCCGACACAGACUACUACAUUGGCCCAACGCCAAGCAACAUGGCACAGGUGGCGGCCGCUCGUCAGCCAGCCGAGAAGCGCGACGGCUCACCAUAUUUGCUCAACUUAGCGGAUAACAUGCCACUCGAACAAGCGCAGAAGCGCGAGCUUUCGGAACCAUUGCUGCCGCCAAUCUACAUGUCCACCGCACCGCCUUCCGAGACGUCUCUCUUUCACCAAUCCCCGUCCCCGACACCGCAGGCACACCGCCAUCAGCCGCCGCCGCACGCCCGUUACCAGCAGAGCGUGCCCGGGUUUCCGCCCAUUGCAAGUGAGGAGCUACGUCAGCGCUACAUGUCGUACCGGCAUACGCCACAGAGCAUUCAGGCAGCGACAUCGUCUGUAUUGGAGGAGCUGGGCGGCUGCACGCACGACGCCGAGCGAUCAGGCGAGCUUCGUCAGUUGCUCAACUACUACACUUCUCUUCAGGUCACACCCUUGUACACAGCAUGA